AUGCCGUUGCUAUCGCCACCGCCGCCGCCGGCGGCUCCCAGCGGCGGGAGCUCGCGAAGGCUCGGGAGCCGGAUCCGAAGGAGGCGAUCCAGGAGGAACUGGGCGGCCCUGCCACUGGACGCGUUGCUGUACAUCUUCCACAAGCUGGACCACGUCGACCUCAUGCUUGGAGCCGCGUCGAGGACGUGCCGCUCCUGGCGCAGCGCGGCACGCCAGCCCGAGCUGUGGCGCCGCAUCGACUUGCGUGGCUACUCCCGUCCCUUCCGCGAGACCAUCAGUCUCGACAGGAUGGCGCGGCUCGCCAUCUGGUUCAGCGCCGGGCAGUGCGUGGCAUUCAUGGGCGAGCACGGCUGCGUGGACGGCGACCUCCUCCUGUUCCUCGCCGAGCGGUAA